AUGUUACCACCACAUGGCCUGUCGGCACAGAAGCGGUUGUCCCGGUCAUCCUCGCGGCUCGAGUCACCCUUUGAGAUGACUUGGUCUGAAGAGAUGGUAGCCAUGGGCGAAUCUUCGGCCACAAUCCCUCAACGUAGCUUGUCUUCUUGUGAACUCUGGUCGCCAGGGAAUCAGAUAACCCAGCCAGAGGGCUCCGACACGUCUGAAGAGGAGGAAUCAGAGGAAGAAGAAGGCGACGUCAGCUUCCUCUUGAUCAUUUCGCCGGCCACAAUUGUCCAUCGUCGACCGAAGACGUUCGAGGGCGCCAAGGGCACUGGCAAGAAGCGCAACGUCGACGGGGACCUAGUCCGCGAGGCGAAAAAAGCCUGCCGUUCGGUGGGAUGUUUGGAGUCGCGUGGAAGGUCUUGUGGGCGACGAACGGAUUGA